AGCAUGCUCAGUCUCACCAUCUGAAGCUACUAAUGUUUAUUUUGCCGUUUCUUAGCUCGGUGUGGCUCGAGCGGGAAUCAUGAGCUGUGUAACGCAGUUAAUGCUGUUUACCGGGAAGUAGCCUUUGCGAAAAUAUGGGGCAGUCCCGAAAUUUUAAAGACUGACUAAAAGUGCGUCGAACUUGGAGAUCUGAUUGAGAUCAUUGCCCGGAUCAUAUCUACAGAAAUCCUCCAGAAUAUCCCUAUUAUCCUAUCAACCUCAACAGAGCAUCAACGUUCUGAAACACUUUGUGGAUCCAGAAGACUUUCUUCUCUGCUUUGCAAGGAGAAUUAUAAAUCCUGGAUAUGUGUGUGCUGAGUUUGGUCACAAUCUUACUUUAGCGAUGAGGAGGUGAGCUCCAGCUGGGCAGCCAUCAUGGGUCCUACACAGCUUGUGAUGCAGAAUCAUGGAAAGAAGACACAUGUCUUUCACAUGGAGGAGAAAGGGUUUGCACUUUUUCAUAGCUCAGAGAUUCCUGCUGAGCAUGUAGAAAAUCCUCCUCUGAAACGGAAGAAGGGCCCUGCCCCCAAGAUGCUUGGAAAUGAGGUGUGCAGCGUAUGUGGGGACAAGGCCUCAGGCUUCCACUACAAUGUCCUGAGUUGUGAGGGCUGCAAAGGCUUUUUCCGACGCAGUGUCAUCAAAGGAGCCCAAUAUGCCUGCAAGAAUGGUGGCAGGUGUGAGAUGGAUAUGUACAUGCGCAGGAAGUGUCAGGAGUGCCGGUUCCGCAAGUGCCUGGAGGCAGGCAUGCGAGAGCACUGUGUUCUUUCCGAAGAGCAGAUACAGCAGAAGAAACUUAAGAAGCAGGAAGAAGAUCAGGCCCGGAUGGUAGUUGUGCACCAGAACUCACCAUCUCCUUUGACCACACCUCCUAAAAUGACACCAGAGCAGCUUGAGAUGAUAGAAAAGCUUGUGGCUGCUCAGCAGCAGUGUAAUCGGCGCUCCUUCACAGACAGACUAAAAGUGACGCCGUGGCCUCAGAUGUCAGAUCCCUUUCAUCGUGAAGCACGGCAGCAGCGCUUUGCUCAUUUCACAGAGCUUGCCAUCAUUUCUGUACAGGAGAUUGUGGACUUUGCAAAGCAGUUGCCAGGUUUCCUGGAACUCACCCGGGAAGACCAGAUUGCACUUCUAAAGACAUCUACAAUAGAGGUGAUGCUUCUGGAGACAUCUCGGCGCUACAAUCCCGAAACAGAAAGCAUCACAUUUUUAAAGGAUUUGAGUUAUAAUCGAGAUGACUUUGCAAAAGCUGGCCUUCAGUUUGAGUUCAUUAAUCCUAUAUUUGGAUUUUCAAAAGGAAUGAAUGAACUGCAGCUCACUGAUGCUGAAUACGCACUUUUAAUAGCUAUCAGCAUUUUUUCUGCAGACCGACCAAAUGUUCAAGACCAGUCCCUGGUGGAAAGGCUGCAGCAUACCUACGUAGAUGCCCUUCAUUCUUACAUUUGUAUACAUAGACCAAACGAUCAUCUAAUGUUCCCACGAAUGUUAAUGAAACUGGUCAGUCUUCGGACUCUAAGUAGUGUUCAUUCUGAACAGGUGUUUGCUCUGCGGCUACAGGACAAGAAGCUGCCACCACUUCUUUCAGAAAUCUGGGAUGUCAAUGAAUGACCCUGAUGUCCCAGGGCACCAAGUUGCUGAAGUAAUCCCACCAUGUACCUUUUACUAACAAGAAGCUGUCCUCCUCUCUUCGCAAAACCGAAGCAGUGCAGAGAGCUAUGGUCAUAUGGUUUCUGUGCUUUGAUGAAGGAAGGCUUAAGGCAAAAGGGAUGGACUAGAUUAUGCUUUAGUCUUUGAUUUAAUGUUUUCCAAAAAUGAACAACAACUGAAACACCUCAAUAUAGCUGAGAUGAAGACCUGCUCUAUCAAUUUCUCAUGUGGCUUUAUUGUUCUAAGCACUUUUCCCAUGUUUAAUUUCAACGGCCCACCAUUCACACACAAGCAGAGGCUUCUCAGGCAUUUCAGAGGCGACCACCUUUGCACAUCUUUUUGUGCAACUUCAUGGGAGUUUCUCUGGACUGAAUGCUCUUAAUAUAUUUUAACGUCUGCAACAGUAGAGAGCUGGCUACAUGGUGGACAGUUGUAGCAUUUCUUUUGUUUCUAGAGGGAUCUUUUCUUUCUGCAAGUCAGAGCCAUAAGAGCUACCUGUAUGAGCCCACAGUUGCACUUUGUUGACAUUUUAGAAAGGCUCAUAUGGAUUGGCAGAGUAGCUGGACCACAGAAGUCCCUUAUGAUUACUCUUCCAUUUUUUUUGCUCCUCCCUCAAGAAAAAUAAUCAUCCUUCAUAUGUACAUCAUAGAUGCACUAGAAAGCUAUGUCCAGUCACCUUUCCCUGCCUUUUGCAGGUGCUCUGAAUGUGAAAGUGUACAACACAUGUAAAUACAGUGUAUAUUCAUGAAGCCUAAUUUUGUGUAUAGAUGCUAAAAAGUUCCACUGAGUCCAGUUGAACUUAUUCUUGACUAAUCAGAGCCUCCUGUUUCAGUCUUGUAGUGUGUAGAGCUGGGCUGAGCUCUUCAGCAUGAGCUGGAGGUCUCCGGACACCUGGUUUGCAGGAAUGAAGACUAUUCCUAGUCAUUGUAUUUGAAAUUAGGGGUGCCCAACAUAUUGUGCUGCCUAAGACAAAGGACAAGAUGGUGCCUCCUCCCAAGUACAUAUGUAAAAGCUGACUGUGAUGGCAGCUAACUCUUACUUCAGCCUUGGCAAUUAGAUAACACCCACCAUCAACACUGACAUGGCAAGCUAAUUUUGGAGUGCCAGAACUGGCUGGGUGGCAUAUGCAGGUCUGAUCUGCCACACAGUAGAAUACUGGGAGGCUGUCUCUGCUGCCCCCCCUAUGCCCAGCAAUGCCUGCUGAGAUGGUCACCUCGCCCUGUCCGGUUCUAGGUGUAUGACCCCACAGUUGGGCUAUGUGUGUGCAUCUUGCUGGAAUACUAGCAUAAACCUUGACAUGAAGAUUGCUGACGUCUCAGUGAGUGGAACUAAACAGUGCACUGAAAUCUGUGUAAUAAAAUCACCCUCCACUCUAAAUGACCCCUUCAAAAGUGUACUUUUGUUGAUCCAAACACCCAGGUAGGGAUUUGUUAUGUGUGUUCACAUGCUUAAUAUUGCUCUCAGAUAUCUUAAGAAAGGAAUACAACUCAGUUUAGAUAUGUGAUUCAAGGAUGUUAAUGUCUGUUAAGAGUUGGGAUGCUCAUCUGUCCUGAGACAUAAGUUUGUGAUCAAUUGUCUCCACUCUGAAUAUGUGGAGUUACUGCCUAGAGUUGGCCCUUUGACUUUAAUAACUGUAAAAAGUUUUAAUAUUUACAGCCUGAUCCUACAGAAUUAAUGAUAGCUAAGCUCACUGAUUUCAGUGGGCUUUUGUAUUUGCAUAUAGGAUUGGGUUGCUAGAGAAAAAAAAAAAUUAAAAAAAUACUCCUCAACCUACAUGUCAGGUUAUUUGAUGCCUGAAUUAAAUCUGAGAUUCCUUGGUACGGUAGUAGUAUGUGAUUCUUUCUUUUUCAGGAUUUCAAUUUGUUUGCCCUGCAAGCAUCCUGAGAGUCUGGGUCCCUGAACCAAUGUGAUUGUUGAUUAUGUAGCAAGUGCCAUACCUAUGGUGUUGGUCUUGUGUCUGUUUUGCACUUGAGCUUGGUCUCUUUCACUGGCCUUUACAAUAUAAACCAUUGGUAACAGUGUGUAGAAUCUUUUUUAUAACUCUUUGCAAUUUCAAAAUUUCUGUAUUUUUAACUAAUCAUUUGCAAAAUGUUAAUGUUUAUGUAAUAGAACAAAUCUAAUAAAGAAUUGUGAUUGUAAUGUGAUGAACCAUUUCCAAUGCAUCAGAAUAAAUACAUGACCUGAAAUUGCUCUUCAA